AUGGCUUCAGUGUCUUCUCUACAUCAAUUCCCAUGCAAAACCCUCUCGGUGGCCCAAUUCACCUCAAAGCCCUCUCUUUUCCUGGCGAACUCUAUCAAUUUCACCCCCGGAAAAGCGAUACAAAGCUCAAAUUCAAAGCUUUCAGUUGGAGAAAUCGCAAAGGCGAGACUGGGUGGUUUUCGAGUCCGUGCAGUGGCGGAUGAUGACGAGUGGGGCCCAGAUAAGGAGUAUUCUACCGGAGUGGCGGUGGUGGAAGAGCCGACGGAGAUUGAUUUGCUGAAGAAGCAACUGGUGGAUUCUUUCUAUGGGACCAAUCGAGGGCUUAGAGCGUCGAGCGAGACGAGGGCGGAGGUCGUCGAGCUCAUCACGCAGCUCGAGGCGAAGAAUCCGACUCCUGCACCGACGGAGGCAUUGACUUUGCUGAACGGCAAGUGGAUUCUAGCGUACACAUCAUUUGUAGGUUUGUUCCCGUUGUUGGCAAGGGGAACACUUCCACUGGUGAAGGUGGAGGAAAUAUCACAGAUCAUUGACUCAGAGAAUUUCACGGUUCAGAAUUCUGUCCUGUUUUCUGGACCAUUGGCUACCACUUCCAUUAGUACAAGCGCAAAAUUUGAAGUUCGAAGUCCCAAGCGUGUGCAGAUUAAAUUUGAAGAGGGCAUCAUUGGGACUCCUCAGUUGACUGACUCGAUUGUGCUUCCAGAAAAUGUGCAAUUUCUUGGACAAAAUAUUGACCUCACACCAUUCAAAGGCUUGAUCACUUCUGUACAGGACACAGCUUCGUCUGUUGCCAAGACUAUCUCUAGCCAACCACCACUGAAAUUCUCUAUCCCCAGCAACAAAGCAGAAUCUUGGUUGCUAACCACAUACCUUGACGAUGAUCUUCGUAUUUCAAGGGGAGAUGCAGGAAGCGUGUUUGUGCUUAUAAAGGAAGGCAUGGUAGCCAUUCUAGAGCAGCUAUCCACUGCUGCUUAA